ACUCCACUGCGCAUGCGUCUUCAUUCUAAAUCGCCGACAUGGAGCGUGAUGGAGACGACGACGCUCUGUACGAGCCAGAGCGCGACGACGUCGACGAGGAGGUAUCAAACGUACGCGAACACGCCACAGACCACAUGUGGCGCCUCUUCGAGACGUCUGCGGUCGCAAUCGCCCAACUCUACAAAGACCGCCAGCAGUUUACUCCGGCCAUCUCAUGGCAGUCAUUUCAAGAGAGUGCGCGUUCAGUCACCGCUCUUUAUCAGGACAGCGUUGAGUUGCAUCGUAAGGCGUUAGAGCUAGGCAUCCAGCUGGGCCAUCGGAAGAGAAACAAAGAGCUGGUCGCUUGGGCUAAGCGGAGGCGUCGGCAUGUGAAGAGGGACGAACUGUUGGCUGUGUUAGACGGGAGGCCGACACCCGUGUCGUCGGUGUCUCGUUUUGAUGCGCCCCUUGUGUCUACGGGGCCCAUUCAUUUACCAUCAGCUGAAGAUCCGGGACUUUUUAGCGUCAGCGAAUCAUUGAGUGUGACGUCGUUACCGGACGUGACUCAGUGUGUACCGCAGACUUCCUGUCCUGCGCAUUGCGUGUCUGUCCAGCCGUCGAGUCCUGCGACCGGUUCGCCACUGGGUGGAUACAAUAGACGUAAAGGGUUUGCACAGCAUUUUCCAUGUGAAACACCGAGUUUCAAUAUACGGGAUAGUUUGUCUCACGAGGCUGCUUUCGCUCGUGCUCUUCUCACAGGCAGAAAGCGACUGGCCGGUAGCGACGUGAGUAUGGACUAUUCAUCGCCAAAGAGAGGGAAGCUUGCAUAGCUAGUUUAGAGAUAUUGAACCGUAUGUUUGGGUUGAAAUGUAAUCUUAUAUAUCAUACAUAGUCGUGGUUUGAGAACAGAUAGUUGGUGUUUGUUCAUUUAUUGGAAUAACAAGACGAGACACGAGUUCUAGCAAAAUGUUGUUAAUAACAAUGAUAUGUUCAGAGAA